AAGAGGAAAAUAUAAUUUUUAAGUGCUGAAUACCGUCUAAGCGGCACACAGCAUCGAGAAGUGAUUGUGUGUUUAUCCAAACGCGAACAUAAAACAUACCAAAUAAAUGUGCUUAUUCGAUAUAGUGUUAAGUUGAUGGGCGUCUGGUGCUUUUAUUGGGCCCUCCUAGUGCUUUUCGCAACUGCGGGGGACUCGUCCAAUGUAUCAAAGCUUGGCAGCGGUGGAGCGGUAUCAUUAAAUGCUCUCACCGAGGAUCCAGAAUUCACAGACAUCAUCGAAAACGUAACAGUAGCCCAGGGUCGAAACGUAAAGUUUGGAUGCUCCGUUAAGAAUCUUGGAACUUUUAAGGUGGCAUGGAUGCACUUCGAACAAUCAGCUAUCCUAACUGUACAUAAUCAUGUGAUAACACGAAAUCCACGCAUCAGCGUGACUCACGACAAACACGAUAAGCAUCGAACGUGGUAUCUUCACAUCAAUAAUGUCCACGAAGAGGACAAGGGCCGAUACAUGUGCCAAAUCAACACAGUCACCGCUAAAACACAAUUUGGAUAUUUACACGUAGUUGUACCACCAAACAUAGACGAUUCCCUAAGCUCCAGUGAUGUAAUCGUACGUGAAGGCUCAAACGUUACGUUGCGAUGUCGAGCCACAGGAAGUCCAAUGCCAUCGGUUAAAUGGAAGAGGGAUGAUAAUGCCAAAAUAAAUAUAAAUAAAUCACUUGAUGUUACAGAAUGGGAUGGCGACACAUUGGAAAUAUCGAGAAUAUCCAGACUGGAUAUGGGUGCGUAUUUGUGUAUUGCUGCCAAUUCAGUGCCACCGACUGUGUCGAAACGGAUUAAAGUUAGCGUUGACUUUCCGCCAAUGCUGUGGAUUCCGCAUCAAUUAGUUGGCGUUUCGGAGGGAUUCGAUGUGACGCUGGAGUGUUUUAGCGAAGCGCAUCCGACAUCAUUAAAUUACUGGACGAAGGGUGAUGGCCAAAUGAUACAUGUAUCGCAGAAAUACAGGGAAGAGUCCAGUAUCGGUAUUCCAUCAUAUAAAACACAUAUGAAGCUUACAAUAUUCAGUGUAUCAAUGGCAGAUUACGGAAUGUACAAGUGCGUUGCUAAAAAUCCACGCGGUGAAACUGACGGCACCAUUCGACUAUACGUUUCAAACCCUCCCACAGCCAUACCGGGAACGCUAACAACGGAAACUGGUUUCGAUGUUUUCGGAUCGAAGGGAGACGACGACGAAUUGUCUUCGUCUAAUUCGGUGCACAUUUUAGAUAAAAAUUCAAAGUAUCUAUCAAAUUUAAAUGACAUCAAUAAGUCCGAACAGAAAUCAAAUGUGGACGCAUCGAAGGGGCUCGGUUGGCCGACAGAUGGUGAAGCUGGAUUAGGUAAUUGCUUAGCACAUCAUAGAAUCACGAUUUGGAUAUGUAUGCUAAUAACAUUUUUAUAUAAAUAUACAACAAAUGCAGGGUUUUAAAUAAAAUAAAAAAAUUAAAUUAAAUGAAAUGAAAAAAAAACAACAACAAGUUAUAUAUACAACAAGAAAAGCAAAAAUUACCUUAUUAUAUAGAAAAGUUGAGAAACGAAAUUAUUUAAACAAAAAAGAAAGGAAUGAGAAAACCUAUAAAAGUAUUCCACAAAUGCAAAUAAAUUCUGAGUUUGCCUUUUUUUCUGUUAUUGAAGAUGUGGUUGUUUUUAAGUAUAAAAUGAAAAUUCUUUUUUAGUUUAUGACGACGUCAGAUUAAUUUAAAACUUGUUGUUGGUUGCUCUUAAAUUAGUGUAGUGUUAUGAUCGUUUUAUAGUCGAAUAUGAAGGCCAAAUUAUCGUUUUAAAUUUUAGAAUAAAAAUGAAAGAUAAAGAUCCACAAGGUGUAUCAUUGACAAAAAAAAAUUAUUGAGUUGGUAUUAUACCCCGGUAUGGUAAGUGUGUAUUUAUGUUAAUCACAAUUUAAUGCUGCCCACUAGCAGUCACGUUAACGAAUUUGAGAACGUCCGAAUAUUAAACCGGAACUGAGAAAAUCUCAGAAUCUUAGAAUCUUUUUAGACCAAUUUUCAGAUUAACUUGACCUGCUGUAUCUACAGUCAAAGGCAGUGAAAUUUCUUCAUGAAUUUGCUACAGCUUUUUUUCAGUUGAUUCCAGGGCCGGACUGGCUACUAAAAGGCGCAUCGGGCUUGUAGAACAAAAAUUCAACUAAAACAGGCGCCAAUAUAGGGAAAAAGCGCCAAAAUGGAAAGUCCAGGCCUGAUUGAUCCACAUAUACAAUCAAAACUGUUUAUACAAUUGAAACUAACAACGCAAGCGUGGUAAUGGCGAAACCGCAUAAAGACAUACAAACAGAUUAAAGUCAGACAAAGUCAUAAAAUUAAACAGAUUUGAUUGUACGUGUGGAUCCGUUGAAGCAGAUUCAUGCUGAAAUUUCACUGCCUUCUGACUGUUUCAUAGUAAUGAUAAAUUUCGGGUUCAGGUUCAUUGAGGUUAAGCCUCUAAAACCUUAAAUUCUGGUUCCUGUCUGAAUCACGUUGAUAUUAGGCCCUGUCCUGCCUGAACCUGAUCAGAACAUUAGCGUAGUUUUUUCGGUGGAAAUUGACGUGGUCCUCAUUUACACAAUUAUCCAAUCUAUAUUUUGAAGGAAAUUUGAAGUAGCUGAUUCAAGUCAUUCUAAACGACAAGCGUGCCACAUUACAAUAAAAUCAAAUCUAGUACUUUUUUGUUGUUUUUUUAUGAUGAAUCUCUGACUUCAUUGGCAUUAACAUAAUAUUUUGUUAUUUAUAGCGGAAUACAAUGAAGAUCUUGUCGCUUGUUUCUGUCUUCUUUAUCGACAGCAGAUGACGAACCUAAUUCUAAGUGUUACUUUCACUGAUUGUCACGAAAUCAGGACACUAAUCUAACAACCAUCAAACCAGUUGUUUCAAGGUUGAUUCAAAAUAUAGACUCGGUCAAAUUGUAUUACAUUCAAAGAGUUGUUAUACAAAGAAGUGAGUCCUAUGUUAAAUUUGCUUUGUAUAGAAUCGAAAACGAAUUAGAAGAAAAACAUGGUUUCAACAUGAAUCUGAUCCUAGUACAUACCUCAGAGAACAUCGUGCUGAGUAUCUGAAACAAAAUCGAUUUUCACCUACAACUUCGAAGAUUAUUCAUGAUAUCGUCGUUAAAGAUUUUUUUGACCCUCCUUGUUGUCAGAGUUGUUACAUUUUUCAUAUAAUUCGCUAUACAUUCACAUACAUUCAACAUGGAUGUUCCACUUUUACUAUAUCAUGUGACAUGAUCAUGUCACGCUGUAGAGGGGUAAAUCGGUGUCCUUAUACAUAUACAUAGUCACAAAAUUCGUAUGCACGACUUUCUCUGUGAUUCUCAAUUUUGUUACUAAGCCGAGAAUUAUUUGCCCAAAUCUUUUCAUUAUUUCUCAAAUCGGUUUUACUAUAUAAAAAAAUUUCUUCUCCGGUUUGGUUAAUAUAAUUUCUGAGGUCUCUGAUUGGCAGCCCAAAUGAGACAGGGAGAAAUGAAGACACACCGGAGAAUUUUCUUUUAAGGUAAAAACUAACUUUAGUCUCCAUUUUUGUCCUGAGUUCUCAGUCUUCCACCUCUUCGAUAAAAACGAAUAACCGAAAAACUAUUUGUUUCCUUCCAAGUAAUUAGACCAACAAAAUGUAAUGCACGAAUUA